GUCAGAUGUGAGAUGGGCUUGCUCAGCCUUGAGCUCACAGGAAUGGGUACAUACCUAGCCAGAUCCUACCUGGAGCAUUUGUCUCGCUGCGAUCAGUUCUCCUUGUCCUUGAAUGCAGUGGGGCUGCAAACAGUUCUCCUUGCCCUUAACUCCAGUGGGGUGGCUUCUGGCACAGCUACACGACUUAUCUUGUAAACGUAUGUACAGACGACAUUUCGUUGUUAGGUUAUUUGAGUAUGGCAGGGAAUGCGGUCGCCGCCGCGCUCUGUCUUGCAAAGAAGCUUUACACAGCUAUACUGAAGGUGCCCCAACUUCGAAAGCAGUGUGCUGAUCUGGAAAACGUGGUUCUCUCCUUGGAGGCGGUGAUUGAGAACCUUGCAGAUGCAGAAGACAAUCACAAUGUGCGGCGCCUGUUAGGAGAGUUGCAGGAUGCGCUUCAAGAAGGCCUGGGCAUUGUGCAGCAGGGGGAGGGGAAGGGUCUCCGCAAUUGGGCCCGCCUUGUGCUCCAAGGGGAGAAUGUUGCAAAACGAUUGGCUGCUGUUUCGCGCCGCAUAGAGCUGGGACUGAGCACGUUAAUUCCUGGGAUCAGGGGUCAGAUGGGGAAGAUUGACAAGAAUGUUGCCGAAGUAAAUGCACAGCUCAAGGAGUUGAAAGAGCAACUGGACAAGAAUGCUGAGGCUAUAGAGAAGGACAGGGCGGAGAUUCUUGAUCGGGUGCGCAAGGUUGCUCAGAGGGGCGGCAGCAGCAGCGAUGCGCAGCACAAUGGGGAGCGCAUCAUCGAGCUUCUUGCACAGAGCAGCAUGGGGACAGUCAGUGUGGACCGCCUGGAGAAGGAGUGGAAAGUGUUUCGCAGUGAGGGCAUGCUGGGACCAGGCGAAGGACAGGCUUGGGUCUCAGACGCGGACAUGGUGAUAGAGGACGUCAUGUUCAGGCACGUGCUGGACACAGAAAAGCUGCUCGAAGAGAAAGAGAAGGCGGAGCUGGAGAGCCUGCGAUGGAAGGAGGAGGCCAUGUUGGCAGCUAAAAACGCAGCAGAGAAUGAGAGACUGAGAAGAAGCGUGGCGCUGCUCAACCAGGAAUUGGAAGCCACCCGAGAGAGCCGGGACACCUCUCAGGAGGCACUCAAGAAAGCUUUCGAGCAGAUUGAGAGUAGCACGCCAGCGCACAUCUUGGAGAGGAUGUUGAACGAGUUGCACGCGAAAGCAGGCGUGGCAAAGGAGAGUGCAAAGUCUGAUCAUCAGAAGGCGGACCAUCUUUACCCUAGGAGCUUUACCUGCCGCAUUUGCUCCUGCACGCUUGAGGACCCAGUCAUUGUGGAGACGGGUUACUCCUUCUGUCAGAAGUGCCUUGAACAGCAUCUAGGGAGUGACAAGCCUACAUGCCCGGUCACAAGGAGGCCCAUCAACAACAGGAUUGCCAUCAAAAACAUCGACCUCCAUCUCGCCAUCACCGAAUGGUGGGAGUGGCUGAGUGACUGGAUCGGUCGGGAGCGCGCCCUUCUCUCAUGCUCGAGGCCCCCCGACUCCCCUCGCUCCAUCAUCUCGUCCCCUCGUCAACAGAGAACAGUCAACGGUCUAGCUGGCGAGGAUGCUUCCAGCACAGUCAGCGCAGAGGUCACGAAGGACCCUGAUGUCAUGGCAGCGCUCUCAAACCUCUUGCUGGACGGCGGACUGAACGCGAAAGUGGCAAUUGGAGCGGAGCAGCUGACCGACCUCCUCCAGGCCCACCCGCAGAAGUGGAUGCAGGUGUACGAAGCUGAGGCCGUCGAGCCUUUGGUGCGCGUCCUAGGCUUAAAAGGCCAGGUCCGGCUUUUCGCAGUUACGGCCCUGGAAGCCAUCAUGGCGGCUGCGGUGCGGGAGGCAUAUGGAAACAACAACAAAGUAGCAGAAAACGCCUGCGGAGAAAUCAUCGAGAAAGCCCGCGACAGCUUGCUCGAGCUUCUGUCGGACGAGAGUCCUGCCGUCAGAGGCAAGGCCGCAGAGACGAUCGGACACUGUCUGGAAGUGCGGACGAUAUCGGUCCUGCUAGCCAAGCAAGAGAAAACCGGCCUGAUCACCGGGCUCGUGCACCUAAGUUUUGCGGAGGGAUUGCACGAGAUGAUGCACGGGGUCCACGGCCCAGCCACGGUUGAAUGCGUGCGCGGCAUCGGCCGCCGCGUGCUCUGCCAGCUAGCAAGAGUCGUCGUCACAAACCAAGCGCAGAGCGCCAAGCUAGCCGCGGACCCGGCACCCGAGGACGUCGUCGAUUCCCUGUGGAAACUCGUCCUCGACCGGGCCACGACGAUUGAGGCCUUGCAGAUGCUCACCUGGCUUGCUCAGGGGGCGCCGUCCGGCCUUUCGGAGCAGUCGGUGGUAGAGGGCGCAGGCGCAAGGGAACGGACGGCUGUUCUCACCUACCUGUUGGGGCAGGCCGAGAGCAACAAGCCGCUCAGGCUGCCUCUCGCGAACUUCCUCGCCGGUUUGGCGGCUACCGUGAGCGAGCCGGGCGACCUGCUUGGGACUGGGGGAGUCGACAAACUGUUGCGCCUACUUCAGUCGUUGGUGAAGGAGAUCGGAGCUGAACCGGGGGCUGCGGAAGGCUGGGCUUGUGUGUCGUUCUUGGUGGAUCUCCUCGCAACCACGUCUACAGGGGAGGGGGAGGACGAGACACAAGAGGGGUCGGCGGACGUCAAGAGAAGGGAGUUGUCUGUGACUACUCUUUUGGAGCUACUGAGAUUCACGACGAGGGAGUCCCUUCCGAGAGCACGCUUCUCCGAUCUCGGCUCUUCGCUUCAAACCUCCGUCCAGAAUGCGCAGAGCUCAGCAUUGCGCUGCGUCGCAAUCCUCUCGGUCAGCCGGCCAUUUGCGCGGCGUUUCGUCGAAGAGGGAGGAGUCGAGCUAAUUUCCCGGGUCCUCCAAGCGGUCCGCUCGCGCACCCGGGACUGCGCAAAGGCGCUUGCGGGAUUGAUGGCAGCGUGCCCGGUAAAAGCGGAGACUGCGCUCAAAAACUCCGCGGCGCUGGUAGGAUUGUGCAAGAUUCUGGACGGCGGGAACGGCGAGGAGCGACUUGCGGCCCUGCACGUCUUGGACCUGGUGGUAUCGACCGGUAGCGUGGCGCAGAAUCUGGAGCCGGCGUGGCUUUGCCCGGAAGGAGAGGAGUCGGCCAACUGCCGCGCAGCUGGCGUGGAGCUGUUUGCCAAGCUCUCGAGCACCAAUGGCUGGGGCGAUCGGGGCACGGCCGCGAUCGGCGCGGCUCUCGGCUUCCUCACUGACGCCCAGAAGCGCGGGCUCGUGGGCGGCCCGGCAGUGCAGAGCGUCUUGCAAGCGCUCACAGCCCUCACCAGUAACGCGCAACUCUGCACCGCCCUGAUGGGCGACAAGCAUGGGGUGACCGUCCUAGUCCAGGUCGCCAAGCAGCUGAGGACUCCAACCGCCCAGAUCAUGACGCAGAUCAGUGAGUGCGUCCCGGAGACCGCGGCUGCUGACAGCAGAUUUGUGGCGGCCCUCGUGAGCCUCUUGGACGAUCCGGACGCACAGAGCGCGGCCGCAGAUGCGUUGGACAAGCUAGCGUCCGGCGCUGUGAACCUCGGAAACUUGGCGGGGGCUGGAAACGCGCACAUUACCGUUCUGCUGAAGGCCGUUCCGCUGGCGAAAGUGGAGGACAAGGUCAUGCUCGUGCGGGUUCUCUGGCGGCUCUGCAAAGGGAUCGGCGCGGCUGUGAUCGAGGCAGUCGUGAGCGGCGGGGGGGUGAAGAUUUUGUUCACAGCAGCGAGGACGCUGGAGGCGAGCGGGCGAACCGGAGACGCCGUUGCAUGCCUGGUUGCGAUCGACAAACUCGAGGUUGCUGCGACGGACUUGGGCAGAGACAUCGUUGCCGCCAGCGCUACGGCUUUCCUGGUCAAGCUUCUGGAUGCCAGCGUCAAGGGGAGUCGGAAGGACAGGGUCCGAUACGCGGUGUUCUUUCUGGGGUGCGCGGCUCAGGUGGACCCCGAUGCUUGCAUGCACGCGGGCAUCAUUCCGGCACUCGAGCUGCAUCUGGCGGAUGCAAAAGACAAGGACGAGUGUACCCUUGCGGGGACAGAGGUAAUAGCUGCCCUGUUAAGCGGGGUAAGCGGGGAGACCGCCAAGGAUGCCCUCGUCAAAUCGAGUGCAGCGGCGCACUGCGCAGCUUUGGCGAGAGCCGGCAAGCGCUGCCCGGGGAAAGCGCAAAACGUCUCGUGUGGAGGGGAGUGCAUCAAUGAGGCCACGAAAGUGACCAAGGAGCUUGCACGCUCAAGGUCGUCAAACAAGUCUUCUUGGCGUGGCACACUUGGACGAGUCAGCUCCAGCUUGGGGUCUUGACCGGUCUUCACAACGCAGAACGAAGUUGGCAGAAGCCACGCCAAACAGCAGGCCACUGAACUAGAUCAAGCACAAAGCAUCUUUGUCAGGUAUUUAUUGCCGAAGGUGUCCUUUGAAAGCGUCAAGGAUCACAAACAGGUAGAGGAAAGUGGAGAUAGAGAAGGUUCAAUAAUUCAUGCCAAGAGAAGGUUGUCGUGCUUGUGUACACUACACUACCGUUUGAAGGUGUAUAGGGCCGGUCUUGAAUAGCAUAGGCCAACCGUUGAUUGCAAGAGCUAGAGAGGAAGGGAAGACACAAGCAGACGAAGCGACCACCUACGAUGUACAGACCAUGUAUACUGAGCUGCUGCACUCGGACCCAAUUCACAACUCAAAGAAGUGCCCAUGUCUUGGCU